UCUCUCUCUCUCUCUUGUUCCCUCACACUGUCACACUAUCUUGUCUCCACACACAAGUCAAGGACAGAUAUUUCGUGAUUCCCAGGCAGUUGUUGGGUUAGUGUCUGUUCCGCCUUUGAUCACUUCACAUCUUCAGUGACUUCUGGCCAGCACCAGCUCUGACUCAGCCACCACAGACAGGGAAUCUCAACACAAGGACAUCCCGUCACUGAGGCUGCGAGGACGGAGGUGUUGCCAUGGUGACCAUCAGAGGGCUGUUGCUCGGAGACGCGUUGGUGGGGAAGACGUCUCUGAUCGUGUGUUUCACCACGGGUUCGUUCCCCCAGGAGAGCAUGCCCACGGUGUGGGACACAUACCGGGCGCGGUUGUGUGUGGGGGGCCGGACGGUCAGCCUGAGCGUGAGGGACACGGCCGCCCAGGAAGAGCACCUGCUCGCAGCCCGUCAGUUCUACUACCCGCAAGUCGACAUUCUCAUCCUCUGCUUCUCCGUGUGCGAUCCAGUCUCCUUCCGCGGCGUGUGGCAGAACUGGUACCCAGAGAUGUUACGGCAUUGCCCACACCUGCCCGUGCUGCUGGUUGGCACCCAGAUUGACCUGCGGCAGGACAGCGCCACGCUGCUCCAGCUCCUCCGCCAGGAAACCAUGCCCAUCACCACCGAGCAGGGCAUCGCUCUCGCACGCUCCAUCCACGCCGACACCUACCUGGAGUGCUCGGCACGGCACAGGCUUGGCGUGGAGAUGGUAUUCGAAGAGGCAGCACGUAUCGUCCUGCGACGCUGGGCGGGGCAUGACCGGGGCAGGGGCAGCUGUGUCCUCACGUGAGGGGACUCCAGGUCCCUGUGAAUGUUGGUGUGAAAUAUUACCUCUCUUUUGUGUGACGUUAUAGAAUCUUACAGCACAGGAGGACGUUUGAUUC